GGGAUCCUGUCAUCACAGCCAGAAGAAAAUCCCCACUGGUGGAAUGCAAACAUGGUAUUCAUCCCUUAUUGCUCAAGUGAUGUUUGGAGUGGUGCCUCUUCCAAGUCUGAGAAAAAUGAAUACGCCUUCAUGGGAGCACUGAUCAUUCAGGAGGUUAUCAAGGAGCUGGUGGGAAAAGGUCUGAGCACUGCAAAAGUGUUGCUGCUAGCAGGGAGCAGUGCUGGAGGUACAGGAGUGCUCCUGAAUGUGGAUCGAGUGGCAGAGCAGCUGGAGGAGAUGGGUUAUCAAGGGAUUCAGGUUCGAGGCUUGGCAGACUCCGGAUGGUUCCUGGAUAAUAAACAAUAUCGCAGAACUGACUGUAUUGAUACCAUAACAUGUGCUCCAACAGAAGCCAUCAGGAGAGGAAUAAGGUAUUGGAAUGGUAUUGUUCCUGAACGCUGUAAGCUGCAGUUUAAAGAGGGAGAGGAAUGGAAUUGCUUUUUUGGCUAUAAGAUUUACCCCACUCUUCGAUGUCCAGUCUUUGUUGUCCAAUGGCUCUUUGAUGAGGCCCAGCUUACUGUAGACAAUGUACACCUCACUGGCCAGCCUGUUCAGGAAGGGCAGUGGCUCUACAUCCAGAAUCUGGGUAGGGAGCUGAGAAACACCUUGAAGGAUGUGACUGCUAGCUUUGCUCCUGCCUGUUUGUCUCAUGAGAUCAUUACACGCAAUCACUGGACAGACAUCCAGGUGAAGGGGACAUCAUUACCCCGUGCUCUGCACUGUUGGGAUCGGAGCCUACACGAGAGCAACAAAAAUGGAAAGGCCCCUCUGAAAGGCUGCCCGAUUCAUCUGAUUGACAGCUGUCCAUGGCCUCACUGCAACCCCUCGUGCCCCACUAUCAGGGACCAGUUCACAGGGCAGGAGAUGAAUGUGAUCCAGUUCCUCAUGCACAUGGGUUUUGAUGUUCAGAAGAUGGCACAGCAACAGGGCCUGGAGCCCAGUAAACUUCUGGGGAUGCUCAGCAGUGGUAACUAGGGAGGGGUCUUCAGAGGGGCAGAGAGAUUAGAUCAGGAGGAGACUCUAAGCCCUUCUCCCACACUUUCUAGUCUUCUUUCUUACGCUUAUGCAGGCAGAUGCGUGCUCACACCCAUGCAUGCUCAAGCCUGUACACACCCGUGUGCUCCCACAUUCUUGCACACUUAGGAUGUGUCAAAGGAAAAAAAAAAAAGGCAAUUUCUUGCUUACACUGUUUGGCUGGAACUCGUUACCUCCAAACUCCAGGGCUCAGUUUUGGCCAUUCACAUCCUCUUCCUGUGUUACACAAGGCAAUCGGAUACAGGGAGUAGCAAAGCCAUAAAUAGCAGCAAUGAGAACCUUCCCCAGAUCUAGGACUUCUUCCCUUGCCAUGAAUUUUACAUCAUAGACUUGAUACAAGUGGUGAAAAAAGCAAGCACUGGAUUUCUUUUGUCCAACUAGAAGUGAAGGAAUGAUUACAUGACUUCCUGGAGGUCAGCAUCUCAUGAUGAGUCAUAACGUACAAACCCAGAACACGUGCUAGGGAUGGACACUCUUGUACUCAAUUUGCUUUCAUAUUAUUUUAUAAAAUGACUUUUUCAUUACUUUUUUUAAACUAAGCAAGAAAUAUAAAUGAUACUUUUUGUAACAUAUUUUUUUUAAAUAACGAAGAAACCUCUUGCUACUUUGGCAACGUGGACAUAUUUAUUUUAAUAUGUAAAAUGCUAUUUAUAAGGGCUGACCGGAGAGCCGUACAUACAUUUUUGUAAAGUUGUAUAUGCUGCUUAUUUGGAUGGGUUAUCCUUACGAUCACUUGUGCCUGGGAGAGGGCUGAGGGUGGUGUUGACAUUUUGUAUUAAUUACCCUUCUGCGUUCCCCUUGCA